UAAGGACUAGCUGCACAAGCCGUAGCUACAUGAGAUGUCGCCGGCGCACCGUUCGUUAUGUCGUUGGGCCAAGUCCAGUUAGGACGAAGCACACAUAUCCAUGUAUCGCAUGUAAGGGGCCGUCGAUGUCGCUGCGAAAUGUCGAGGAGGGUCCAAGGGACCUGCAGCGGGUAGCAGCACCCACAACCAUGCAGCAUAGAGUAAUUGAAAGGACGAGAGCUAGGACGAUCGCUGCGAAGAAGGAAAAGUGAAAGAAGGCAAAAAGACAGAAGAAAAAAAUGCAUGUAUAGACAUAGAGGGCUCCUCACGUCGGCAGGAAGAUCAUGCGACAGACCCAUUUGGUUGAAGAAGACGAUCACGCACAAGAAUUUACAAGCAUGCGAGAACGCGAGAAACAACGGGCGGCGGAUGGCACUCCAGCGGGAAUGAGCAGCCAUGACCGCGUACUCUUCCGGUGCGCAGAGCAGAUGCAAUCAAGAAGCAAGAGAAAGAGGCUAGAUGCACAACAGGACUCACACAAGCAUCGACAACGCCAGCAGUCGGAAAUGACGGCUGCGGGUGUUGUGGGCGUAAGCCAGUGACAUAGAGCAUUGUCAGAGUCGGAGAACGAAGGAGGUUGCAACGACGCGACGCGUUCCAGGCAUCG